GUGUUAAGAAGCACUUCCUGAUUAACCCAAGAUUGGCUAAUCCGAGCCAGGAUUGCAAAUAAAAGCUAGAAGGGGACUGAGAAGCAAAUCAUUGAAUUCCCACAUCUUGGGGAUCUUCUUCCCGGGAACUAUUAUUGUCAUUAAGAACCAUGUUGCAUCUUUUCUUCAAGUUACUGCCUGCCAUUUUGCUCAUGGCAUCUUCAGCCGCUGCAGCGGAAGGAGAAAGGGUCCUGGGGGGCAAACCAUGCCUGCCCAAUUCCCAGCCGUGGCAGGCUGCCCUAUUCUCUGGAUGCCGGCUGAUCUGUGGAGGGACCCUCAUUCACCCAUCUUGGGUGGUCAGUGCCGCCCACUGCAGAAAGUCAUCCAUAUUCCCCGUGCGUCUUGGAGAACACCAUCUCAGGCGCAUAGACUGGUCGGAGCAACUCAAGUUAUCAUCAAAAGCCAUUGUGCAUCCGGAAUACAACCGGAGAACCUUGAACAAUGAUAUCAUGCUGAUUAAACUGCUGACCCCGGUUACCUUAAAUGACAAAGUCAAAGUUAUGGAUUUGUCUACCACCUGUCCGGAGACUGGCACCAAAUGCAGCAUUUCAGGAUGGGGUACAACAAGCAGCCCACAACCCAAAUAUCCAGAUGUUCUACACUGUGCCAACGUCACCAUCAUCGAUCACAAUGUUUGCCGAUCGAUUUAUCCCAAUUAUUUCAGUGAAAAUAUGGUCUGUGCUGGCAAGAUGGAGGGAGGAACAGAUUCUUGCCAGGGUGAUUCAGGUGGCCCCUUAGUCUGCAAUGGGAAGCUGCAAGGCAUCGUAUCCUGGGGCCCCUACAUAUGUGCCCAGCCAAAUAAGCCAGGGGUUUAUGUUAAUGCCUGCAAAUACACUGACUGGAUCCAGGAGACUAUCCAAAAUAACUGAGGAUCACAGGACGAUUCUGAACAGACGCCAAAGGGAGAAGACACUUUGCUUCUCUUUUUGGUUAAAUUGGCAUUGUGUUUUGCUUUUGACAUGCCUCUGGAGAUACUAAAAUGGAUAAGGGAAUCCCAUAUGCCACCAGGCUUGAAAUGUUGGGCUUGGACAACCUGGAACCGCACUGCCUGUGGUCCGA